UCCAUCUCCCCGGCCUGCAGAGCUCAGCAACGCGUGCGGGACGAAUCAACAACAGGGAAGUCUGGUCAAUGUCGGAGCGAUCCAUAUCCAGUCACAACCCUACCUGGCUCUGGUGGCGAAAGCCUACGUUGGUCCUCUCAGCCGAGGGUCAACUCUGUCCUUCGUCUGGUCCCUGUUCGCCUUCUUCCAGUCUUCCGAGCCACUCUCGUACCCCGUUUUUCGGAGGGACGCAGCCGCACACACUCCAAUAAGAUCAUCUGUCAGAACUGCAAGCUGGAGCCGAUUUCUCCCUUUACGGAGCAUCCCCGCGGAGGGGGCAAAAAAGUCGCCAUGGCCUCACGUCGGGGCCGCCGCUGUCUGCUUUCCCCGUUGGGCCGAGCGUUUACCGACCGCUGUCCAUGGGGAAGUCCAUACAAGGGUUUCAAGAACUGGGGAAAUACUUAAGUAACCCGAUGGCUCGAGUUUUGGGUCCUUCCUUUUCCCCGUUGUGUCUUGUGUGAGUCAUCUCAUUUCUUUUCUACUCCACGGGGAAACACAAAAGGAGAGGGCCAUCUCAUCCCGCAGUGGUUACUUUAUCAUCUGGGACUUGAAACAUCUUCUACUUUGGUCGAACGGACGGAUACAGAAGAAGCAGACCAAACUAUUUGUUCUAAUUGGGUUAUUAUCCCUAUUUCUCCUUACCAAAAAUUUGAGUUCUUUCUGUAUAUAUAUACACAAUGGGUUACCUUGAAGAAGAAGAUCAGCGUUACUGGGACGACGUCAAGGCUGUCAAGGCCUGGUGGCAGGAUUCGAGAUGGAGAUAUACCAAGCGCCCGUUUACUGCCGAGCAGAUUGUGGCCAAGCGUGGAAACCUGAAGAUCGAGUAUCCGUCCAAUACCCAGAGCAAGAAGCUCUGGAAGAUCGUGGAAGAGAACUUCAAGAACAAGACAGCUAGUGCCACCUAUGGCUGUCUCGAGCCGACAAUGGUCACUCAGAUGGCCAAGUACUUGGACACCGUUUACGUUUCUGGUUGGCAGAGUUCUUCCACUGCGUCAUCGACUGAUGAACCCUCUCCUGACCUUGCGGAUUACCCUAUGAAUACCGUUCCCAACAAGGUCAACCAGCUGUUCAUGGCUCAGCUCUUCCACGAUCGAAAACAACGUGAGGAGCGCAUCACAACCCCCAAGGAACAGCGCCACAAUGUUGCCAAUGUUGACUACUUGCGACCCAUCAUUGCUGAUGCCGACACCGGCCAUGGUGGUCUGACGGCCGUCAUGAAGCUGACAAAGCUCUUCAUCGAGAGGGGUGCCGCCGGCAUCCAUAUCGAAGAUCAAGCUCCUGGCACCAAGAAAUGUGGUCAUAUGGCUGGCAAGGUCUUGGUACCGAUCAGCGAGCACAUUAACCGUCUAGUGGCUAUCCGUGCCCAAGCAGACAUUAUGGGCACCGAUCUUCUUGCUAUCGCCAGAACCGAUUCUGAAGCAGCAACUCUCAUCACUUCCACUAUUGACCACCGUGACCACAGCUUCAUUGUCGGCUCGACCAACCCGAACCUCCAGCCGCUGAACGAUCUGAUGGUGGCUGCCGAGCAGUCCGGCAAGAACGGAGUCGAGCUUCAAGCAAUUGAAGACCAGUGGAUCUCCCAGGCCGGUCUCAAGCUCUUUGACGACGCUGUUGUCGACACUAUCAACGCGGGAACGUAUGCAAACAAGGCCGGUCUCAUCGAGAGCUACUUGAAGGCCGCCAAGGGCAAGAGCAACAGAGAGGCGCGUGCCCUUGCUAAGGGCAUCACUGGUGUCGACAUCUACUUCGACUGGGAAGCUCCCCGCACCCGAGAGGGUUACUACCGGUACCAAGGCGGUACCAAGUGCGCGAUUAACCGCGCUGUUGCCUAUGCUCCGUUCGCGGAUCUUAUUUGGAUGGAGAGCAAGCUUCCUGACUACGUCCAGGCCAAGGAAUUCGCUGACGGAGUUCAUGCUGUCUGGCCAGAGCAGAAGCUGGCAUACAAUCUGUCUCCUUCGUUCAACUGGAAGAAGGCCAUGCCCCGCGACGAGCAGGAGACAUACAUCGAGCGACUCGGACAGCUGGGAUACUGCUGGCAGUUUAUCACUCUGGCCGGUUUGCACACGACCGCCCUCAUUUCCGACACAUUUGCCAAGGCCUAUUCCAAGCAGGGAAUGCGCGCAUAUGGAGAACUUGUCCAGGAGCCCGAGAUGCUCAAUAAGGUCGAUGUGGUUACACACCAGAAGUGGAGUGGUGCCAACUACGUUGAUGGCCUGUUGAAGAUGGUCACUGGAGGCGUCAGCAGUACUGCUGCUAUGGGCAAGGGUGUGACGGAGGAUCAGUUCAAAUGAGCGUGAUUGAUCAUGACGAGCGUCGGAAAAGUUGCUAGGAGGGUGGGGACAUUGUUAUUCCAUUUAUAUUCCUAUUUGAUGAUGGGAAGGGAAGGUUUUUGGAUUGGUUUUUUGAGCAUCUGCAGGUAGCAUUUAGCAUGCCUUGUUUAGAGUACCGUUUUGUGUUCAACCUUUGGAUAGUUUCACAUUUUGUAUACCAAGCAUUCCUUUCAUAUUUGACGCAAUCGUAGAGUUUAGGGGACAAAGCAUGUUAUGCAGUACGAAAAUGCCCCUUUGGGGCUGC